CUUCCGCUUUGAGCUUGAGUUGUUUACGUUGUGCAUUAGGGAGUGAAAAAUGUAAACAUUGUGUUUGUUGACGCAUGAUUUUAAAUGUCAUACACUUAUAAAACACAUCCCUUGUUCCUUAAUUCAAAACGAUGAAUAGCCGUCUCCUCCAGAAAUAUGGCGACAUUAUAUGAUUUAUUUGAGGCUUCUGUUGCAAAAAACGAAGUGAAUGUUGCGCUAGUGUGGAAAGACUGUGAUGUUUCUUACGUCAAGUACGGUCUUCUUCGAGAAUGUGCAAUCAAGAUUUGUGAGUUUUUAAGUGAAAUUGAUCAAGAAGGAUGCUUCGUAGGUAUUUUAAUGGACCGCGUUCCACUUCUGUGCAGUGUUGUUUUAGGUGUACUGAAGAAGCGAUUAGCUUUUGCUUUUAUAGAUGAUAAAUCGCCUUGCCAACGGAACUUGAGUUUUGUGCGAAAGCUGAACAUUUGUUGGAUAAUAUCAACAUCUGAUGUGUCACAGACUCAGCUGUUGAAGUACGCAAGGCUUAAUAAGAGUAUCAUCUUAUGUGGCUCCACAAUUUAUUUGUGGGAUAUAGGAUCUGAAGCAAUUAUUAAUCAGCCAAAGCUGCACAAUAAAUUCAGUUAUGCCUAUGCUGUACAAACAUCAGGCACAACUGGGAAACCAAAGAUCGUUAAAGUUCCUCACAGAUGUGUAAUCCCUAAUAUCCUGGACUUUGGGCACAUUCUCCAUGUUCAAACGUCAGAUGUCGUACUACUUGGGACGUCACUUACAUUUGAUCCUAGCAUUGUGGAACUCUUUCUAGCUUUGGCAAAUGGUGCUAGUCUGGCAUUACCAACUGCCUAUGAAAUGGCAACAAUAGUGCAGACGACACCAUCAUUGAUGAGAACACUAUACAAUUGGAAGAUGAUGCCGAAGUUACGGUGUUUAGUUUUGGGUGGUGAACCCUGUCCAUCACCUUCCAUUUUAGCACAAUGUUUAAACCUGCUACCAUCAAGGCCUGCUGUUUUCUCAGCGUAUGGCAUCACAGAGGUUUCAUGUUGGGCAUCCCUCCAGCGUGUUGAACUUGAUGCAGAAGAAGCAAUGGCAGUACCUCUUGGCAAACCUCUGUCAGAAACAUUGAUGGAAGUACGAGAUGAACAAGGAAAUGUUUUGACUGUUGGAGAAGGUCACAUGUAUAUCGGAAGUUCUCAUCGAGUUUGCCUAGUUAAUGAUGAGCUAGAAAAAGAUCUUCCAGCAGUUGUCUUCAGGCCAACAGGGGACAUUGUUAAGGUGGGUCCAGACCAUCUUUUCUACAUGGGCCGGCAUGAUAGAAUGACAAAACGAUGGGGACGCCAAUUAGACUUGUUACUGAUAGAAACUACAGCAACAAGGCUGACUUCUGGUGCAAUAUGUUGUGCAGUAUUAGUGGAUUCCAGUCUCAUCUUGGCUCUUUCUGAAUGUGUUGACUGCGCUCAACUGCGAAAGCACCUUAUGGACGUCUUACCUGUGGAUCAUGUUCCUGAUGUUGUAGUUGAACUUAAGAAGUUUCCUCUCACAAGACAUGGAAAAGUGGAUGUUCCUUCUGUCCAGUCUUGUGUUGUGUCAUUAGUCCACAGCGAACAAGAUUUUAGGAAGAAAACCUCUGAAGGAACACUGAAAACACUGUGGUCUGAAUUACUGAAUGAAGAACCAUCAUCAGGGGGCUUUUUGGAAGAAGGUGGAUCAUCCAUACUUGCUCUUCAGCUUUUCUCUCUCUUGGAAUUACAUCUAGGUCGUCACCCUCCUGCCUCUCUAUUGCCUGCUCUUCUUACUGGAAGAGGUGCUACAUUCAGAGAAUGUGUGGACAUUUUGGAUAACGCAGACAGUCUCUCUGGUGUCAGCUUAGAGGACAAACUUCCUGUCAGUAACUUGCACCAACAUAGCCUUUCUGUGAAUGCUGCAGCUUCAAGAAUAACAGGGGAAAAUUCUGAGACACUCUCCACUGGAUCUUUGAUUGUGCCCACUGUCUCUUCUAACCAGGAGCAAAGCACCAAUUCUACGGAUGUUACAGUAGAACAUCAAAUCAUUGAAAAUAAAUCUUAUAGCAAAAAUCUGAUUGCCGAUUCUGACAGUAAGAGAAUUUAUGGUAGUAAUAUACCAGAUGUCAUUAAAAUGCACCAUGAUGGCCAUUCCCAGGGCUUUGAAAAUAAUUGUAAAGCUGACACAAAAAUGUAUUGUAGUGUAAAACAAUAUUCAGAGAUGUUACAUGGUGAGAAAAUACCGCAGAAAACGGAAGAAACCAAAAUAACUGGAAAAACUGUUGAUUGUGCAUGUUCCUCAUUGGUGCCAAAAACGCCCCAGACAUCAAAAAGAAAAGACGUUGUGGAUGAAGGACAGUGUACUAAUAGUGAAACAGUAUUCCAGGACAACAGAAAUAUUCAAAGUGUGAAACGUAGAGCAACUAGCCAGUACUCUGAGAGGGGAGGUCUGGAGAGUGCGCAGUUAUUUAAAAGUAAUGAAGAAAGAGAAUUUAUUGAAAGACAGAACAGACAGUUAACUGAAAAUUUAUCAUCUGUGUGUGUGAAAGGUGCAGAACAAAAUAUAUUGUGGUGCUCAGAGAAUUGCUCAUUGGACUUUGCAAAAGACUGUGUGCUCCAUUCUCAUUGCCAAGGUAGGACAGAAAAUUAUUCAGCAGUAGAACCGUAUACAUGUCACUGUAAAGUAUAUUCUGGCAUCAGCCUCUCUUUAAAAUGGAAGUUAUACCUCAACAAAUGUAUUGACUCUUCUCCGUGUAUAGCUUCGUACAAAAGCAAGCACUGGCUAGCAAUUGUUGGAUCUCACUCUGGCCAACUUGCCAGCAUUCAUGAUGAUGGAAAAGUUCAUUCUGUUCUGCAACUUGGAGGACGAAUUGAAGCUCCUGCAUGUCUCUCUCCUUGUGGCCAGCAAGCAUAUAUUGGUUGUUAUGAUGGUAACAUUUACGCUGUUGACAUUAUACAGGGCAGCCUGAUUUGGGUAUUCUCUGCUGGUGACAAGGUGAAAGGUGGUCCUGUUCUAUGUUGUCACCAAACAGCCAUUGUUGUUGGGUGCUACAACCACAAAUUAUAUUGUAUUAAGGUGCAGGAUGGAACUUCUUUGUGGUCUUGUGAACUGAGUAGAGGUGGCAUUUGUGCCUCACCAUGUGUCAAUUCUCACAUAGGAUUGAUUUUUGCUGGAACACUUGAUGGUACCAUAGCUGCAGUAGAAGAAACAUCUGGACAAGUUGUUUGGCAGCGUCAUCUCUCUGCACCUAUAUUCUCAUCACCUGUCACCUUUCAUCAGCCAGAUUACUCUGUUGUUGUAGUUGCAGAAGUGCUUGGGAUAGUGCACUGUUAUGGUGCAUCAAAAGGUGAUGAGCUGUGGACAUUUCAAGCUGGUGGAAAUGUCUUCUCAUCCCUCUGCUUCUUUGAAUCUGCUUGCAUGCCUGAAGAUAACACUGGUUUAUGUUUGCUGUUUGGUUGUCAUGAUCACAAGGUGUAUUGCUUGGCUACAAAUGGACAGUUGUUGUGGACAACUAAACUGGAUUCACCUGUUUAUGCAACACCCUUUCCUUUUAGUACUGUCAACAGCAAAGUAGAUUUUGUUGCUGUAGCUUCUACUUCUGGUGCCCUAUGCAUCCUUCAAGCAAAAUCAGGUGAACUCUUGUACACAAAAAAUAUUGGUUGUGAAUUAUUUUCAUCCCCGGUGGUAUGUGGUGGAGUACUUGUGAUCGGCUCUCGAGAUGAUUAUCUGUAUUGUUAUAAGUUAACAGAUGCAUAAUGGCUUUCGGACAUAGAAGUCAGUGCCACAUGAAUCACCAAAUAUUCUGGAAUAGAAUUUGAGCAGAUAAUAUUUCCAAUUUUUGUAAAACACCUUUGAAGAAAUUUUCAAUAUUGUUGGCAAGUUUACUAUGAUGAUUGUCACUGUAAUAGUACUAUCUGUGUUCUUAAAUAUAGGAAAAGCAUUGGUUCCUAAAAUAAAAGCUAAUGCAUAUCAUAAAUAUUUCUAUUAUGCAUUGUGAAUUCAUUGAAAAUUCUAGUUUUUACUUUUAAAAUAUGAAAGUGCUUCCUAUCAAGACCCACAAAAAACGUUCCAUCACACACAGUGAAUGAUUUCCAAUGGUGGAAAUAUUUAAUUUUUGUUCAGUUACUUGACAGUCUGUGAAACAUUUCAGUUGUUUUCUCAUUGAAGCCUGAUAAGGUUCCAUGAAACCAAAUACUGAAUUUUUAUAUGAAUAUGGAAUCAUAUUGGUGGGCUUAUGUUGCUAUGGCAGAGACUGGUGUCAUGAUAUAAAUCUGUUAAUAUUUCCAUACCACAGUUAGGACUGUUAACGUAAAACGGUGUUCUUGGAAUUAUUAACUGCAUACCAGAACAAGAUAUAUUAAAGAUGUGUUAAUUGUAGGCUUGCUUAUUGGAUGCAUUGCAAAGCACUUAGUUGUCAGUACCUUGUAUUGUACUUCUUUAAGAUAGAUUAACACUCGGAUGCCCAGACUUUGCCUGCCCCUCGAAUGCCUACCAUUUAAAAAAUGUUUUCUGAACUAUUAUUUCAAAAUUUUAAGCAUUUAUUAUAUUUUAAUGUUUACAAGAUUUAUGGCCAUUUC